AUGAACCGAUCAAGGUGGGACUUGGUUUGGUCGCGAUACGUUCCACCUUUGGACUUCUCGAAACCCUCCAGUGAUUCUGCUUUCCACUACCUUGAUGCUGAUGCAGAUGACAGCAUUAGCAAGCAAGAAUUUGAAUCCCUAUUCAAACUUUGUCACAACACUCCUACUUCUAGCACGUUCAGAUCAACUUCAAGCGCUCCUACCUCCCCUACUACAUCCAGCAGAAUUACCACAAUGACUACAUUGUCCACAUCAACAUUGACCACAUUCACAACACCAGUCUCGUCGACAACGUUGCUUUCCUCUACUGCGUUAACAACGCGAACAACAUCUAGUGGAUCAAGUUCAUGGACAAGCUUGGCUUCAACCACUACGUCCUCAAGAUUGUCGCAACUGACGACUAUCUCAACGCGUACUGCCACAUCCACAUAUGCUUCAGCUGUGGUGUUGCCUGCUAAACAUGUGCAUACCCAUUGCUGCUAUGAAGUGUCGGCUCAAUGCUUGUCAUGCAUUGCUGGAAUUACCGUAGAGGAGCUUUGCUCCAGAGAUUCAAUGAGUCUCACACCAGGCUGCCAGGGCGCGCCAGUGGUGAUUGCGCAGGCUGCGCCGGGUGGCCCCCACGCCAAUGCCGAAGUCAGCACAACUUUGCCACCCCACUACAAGGAGGUUCGAGAAGAUCCGACAAAUCACGUCGGGUGA